AUGAAUCUGCAAGAACUAUUAGCGAAAGUACCGCUGUUGUUAUCGUAUCCGACCAUUAUUCUAUCCAGUAAUCUGAUCGUACCUUCCCAUAAUGAUCUCAUAUCACGAGCAGCCUCUACAUCAGCAGCAGAGUAUGCUGACGAAAAGCUAAUAUUUUUCAGUACAGAUCAUGCCAUCAGACUGAUUUUUCUGCCAACCUUCGUAGCUUCUUCCUUUAACCUAUUUGCGCACUAUUUUAACUUCAUCAAUUACUCUAGCCGAAGGAAGUAUUAUGUUUUAUUUACUGCAAUUUAUUUCCUAUCCAUAUUGACUGCGAUUUUCCAUCCAAUUCAGUCAACAUGCAUCACUCUAUUGAUUAUCAAGCUCCUGACUACCGCUGAUGAGUCUUCGCCAAAAAUUGCCCUCAAUUUCAAGACCAUUUUGAAAACAUUUGUUCCCUUUAUUACUUUAACAUUAGUUAUAUUGCGUUGGGAUCCUUCUUUUGAUGCCAGCUCAGGAGAUGUGAACAAAAUUUCUACGUCUUUGGCCGCAUAUGCUCUCUUAAUAUUAACGCUAAGAUAUGCAUCACCGCUGAUAUUAUCGACGUUAUCAAGUAGCAUAGGUGUUGUUUCCAAAGACACCAGCGUCGCACAGCAUUCGAUAAGUAGAAAUAAGAGAUUUCCGCUAAUUCUCGUGUUACCGAUUUUUUCCUUUGUUCUUUUGUAUCUAAUGACUAUAGUUAACAAGACUUACAAUAUCCAGUUAUUAAUGGUAUUUGUGUUUUUUGGAUGUCUGUCCAUUUUCUUUUUAUCGUUAAAAGAUUUGUUCACAGAGGAUGGAAAUCAAAAGAAGGGAGGCCAGGAGGAUGAAUAUUGUCGUAUGUUUGACAUAAAGUACAUGAUUUCCUAUUUAUGGCUGACAAGGUUCACCAUUUUAUUGACAGGCAUAAUGGCUAUUGUAGUACAUUUUUUAUCGUUUAAUGAAAUUACUUCUUCCAUCAAAACUGAUUUGUUAAGUUUACUUUUCGUCGUAGUGGCAGAAUAUGUUUCCAGUUUCUCUAACAAACAACCUGAUUCGCACUCCCAUAAUCAUGCACAUCACCAUUCCCAUCUAACCGAUUCAUUGCCUCUCGAAAAUGAAAGUAUGUUCAAACAAAUGGCAUUGAAUAAGGACACCAGGUCCAUUUUUUCGUUUUUAUUGUUGAAUACCGCUUUCAUGUUUGUACAACUUUUAUAUUCCUUUCGUUCCAAAUCAUUGGGCUUAUUAUCUGAUUCGUUGCAUAUGGCCUUAGAUUGCACAUCUUUGCUCUUAGGUCUAAUUGCUGGUGUAUUGACCAAGAAACCAGCAAGUGAUAAAUUCCCUUUCGGUCUAAAUUAUCUUGGUACCUUGGCAGGUUUCACCAAUGGUGUUCUGUUACUCGGCAUAGUGUGCGGUAUCUUUGUGGAGGCAAUUGAGAGAAUUUUCAACCCCAUUCAUCUUCAUGCAACAAAUGAGUUGUUGGUUGUUGCUACGUUAGGCUUAUUAGUGAACCUUGUAGGUUUGUUUGCCUUCGACCAUGGUGCACAUGAUCAUGGUGGUACUGAUAAUGAAAACAUGAAGGGGAUUUUUUUACAUAUAUUGGCAGAUACAUUAGGUUCUGUUGGCGUUGUUAUUUCGACGUUAUUAAUCAAGUUAACACACUGGCCAAUUUUUGAUCCGAUCGCCUCUUUAUUAAUUGGUUCCUUGAUUUUACUUAGCGCUCUGCCCCUGCUAAAAUCUACUUCCGCAAAUAUUUUACUAAGACUGGAUGACAAGAAGCAUAAUCUAGUAAAGAGUGCGCUAAACCAGAUUUCAACGACGCCAGGAAUCACAGGUUAUACAACUCCUAGAUUUUGGCCGACAGAGUCAGGCAGUUCCGGGCAUUCACAUGCACACACGCAUUCUCAUGCAGAGAAUCAUAGCCAUGAGCAUCAUCAUGAUCAGAAAAACGGUUCACAAGAACACCCGAGCUUGGUGGGCUAUAUUCAUGUACAGUAUGUAGACGGCGAGAAUUCGACAAUUAUCAAGAAAAGAGUUGAAAAAAUAUUCGAAAAUGUGUCGAUUAAAGCGUGGGUACAAGUUGAGCCUCAAAAUUCCACUUGUUGGUGCCGGGCUACUUCUAUGAACACAAUUUCAGCUAACCCGAAUUCUUUACCGCUACAGCCUAUAGCAAAUUGA